AUGGAGAAUCCAGUGGUCGAAAUCCCGGCGGUGAUUAGUCUUCUCACCCAGUCGACGCCAACAUUACAACAGAAGACUCUAGAGCGUUUCUUUACAAAUGAUGCUUCCUUUGUCCAUCCUUUCUGCCGCGUUCCCAGCUUUGAAGGGAGUCGAUGGUGGAUAUUGAAGAUCUUCCAAUGGUAUAAGAUCAUGUCACCACGGAUAAAGAUGGAGAUCCAUUCAAUUGCCAUGGAUGAGAAAAACCUCAAAAUUUAUGUGCAUAUGUCUCAGAUCUUCUCAAUUUGGAUUGUGCCAUUCCACGUUGCACCGGCGACGCUGACAACAGUCCUGGAUCUCACCACCGACUCGACCAAGACCAGCUCCCCGACAAACGGGGCCCACCCGUUGUACUACAUCACUAAACAGGAGGAUCUUUAUCAAACCUCUGAGUUUGUUAAGUUCAUCUUGCCACAUGUGGGACACUGGUUGGUAUUCGGCUGGCAUUUGUUUGCAACGUUCUUUUGCUUCGUGGGUGUGACGCUGCUAUGGCCAUUGCUCUGGAUGGAAGAGAAUGGAUAUCUCCCCAGUCGGAUCGCUCAGGGAAACCUGGCCUAUAAUAUCGACCGUAAGGUUUCGGAGAUCAAGAAGCAUUGA